UCUGCGUGCUCCUUGGCGCAGAUGAGGAUGGAGAAAAGGUCUCGGAGCUCUUCCAGGGAGUCUCACAGAAGGCGCAGAGAGUCCCCAGCUGCGCAGAGCAAACGACAGAAGAGAGAGAGCAGCAGAGAAGCUGCCAAAGGAAAGGGAGAUGUAAAGCAGGAGAAAGCCAAGGAGACCAAGAGCACCUUGGGGAGCGAUGGUAGGGUGCACACCUCCACGGUGGUGGACGUGGAUGAUGUGAUGUCUGAUGAAGAAAUGGAUGCAAUGGCAUUGCUGGAUAGUGAGCAGCAAGAGGAAGGUGUAAAGUCUCCUGGUCUGGGUGUCUGUGAGUGGCUUUUGACCAUCUUGUCUUUCCUGUUCAUCAUAAUGACCUUUCCUAUUUCCAUCUGGUUCUGCAUGAAGGUAGUGCGGGAGUAUGAGAGAGCCAUUGUUUUCCGACUGGGGCAUCUCCUUCCUGGCAGAGCCAAAGGACCUGGCCUUUUCUUUUUCCUUCCCUGUUUGGACACCUAUCACAAGAUAGACCUCCGCCUCAAAACCCUGGAGAUCCCUUUCCAUCAGGUGGUGACCAAAGACAUGGUUACUUUGGAGAUAGAUGCUGUCUGCUACUACCGGUUGGAAAAUGCUUCUCUUCUCCUCACCAACCUGACCAGCAUCUCCAGUGCCAUCCAGCUGCUGGUGCAGACCACCACAAAGCGCCUCCUGGCACAUCAAGCCUUCUCUGAGCUUCUGCUGGAGAGGAAGAACAUCAGCCAGGAGAUAAAGGUGGCUUUGGAUGCGGUCACAGGCUGCUGGGGGAUCAAAAUUGAGAGAAUAGAAAUCAACAACGUGCAGCUGCCUGCUGAGCUCCGGCAGUCCCUGGCUGUGGAGGCAGAGGCCCAGAGGCAGGCCAAAGUGCGGGUGAUCGCUGCAGAGGGGGAAAAGGCUGCUUCUGAGUCCCUGAGGAUGGCAGCUGAGAUCCUGUCCAGCGCUCCAGCUGCUGCUCAGCUCCGUUAUCUCCAUGCUCUGCACUCCCUUACCACAGAGAAGCCUGCUGCUUUCAUCUUGCCUUUGCCUCUGGAUGCCAUGAACCUCAUCUCUCCAGCUACCCACAGCUCUCCAGCUGUGAGCAGCCUCCUCACAGGCACCACAAAGCUCCCAGAAAACCCAAAAGACAAGAAGGACUCACCCAUGCUCUGAGAGAAAUGCUUCCCACAUUGCUCCUGCUCAGAAAGGAGCAAGAAGGCUGGCCCAGCAUCAGGUUCUGACCUGGAGGCAGGAGGGAAAACAGCCCAGGCCUGCAAUAUAAAGUGGAUUGUACACAGAAAAAGCCUUUAUUGUUUUGGAAAGGAAAAAUGUGGAGUGCAAGGAGCAGGCCUGGCAAGUGUGUGAGUAGGGGGCUGACAGAAGUGGGGUGUCAUCCCUUCUCCACAGAGCCAGACACAUCCUUGACACAUUAUAGCUUGGCUUCUGGAGUCUGAUCCAUCUUGCCCCAUCACCUUGGAAGGAAGGUCAGAUCCUCCCCAUGCCCCCCAUCCACAAACCAAACAGCCAGGCAGGUGGGAGUGGGAGCACAGCAAGCCAUGGGUGAACAGCACACAGGCAGAAUGGUGAGUGCUGCCAUCCUGGUGGUCCUGUAAGGAGGGAAAGAGCCGGGUCCUUGUGGUGUCCUGGAUAUGGGAUUUCAGUAACCACCUACAUACAUCCCCACAACCAAGGCGUUUAGCCCAGUUCUGAAGUGGAAAGAAAAGGAAGAGGAGGAUAGGACAGCCUUUAAAGCUUGGUGCUUCCCUGCCAGCAACAUCUGCUGUGCAGAGGAAAGGCUGUGCUGCUGCUCACUUCCACAGGGUGGUGAGGCAGGACAAUGUCUGAGCUCCUAGGCACUUAAAAACAUUAAGGUGACCCGUUUAACCAAGGCCCACUGGCCUGACGAGGGUAAGCAGGCAGCAUGGGCUGAGAGCGUCAGGAACAGUAACACUUUUGCCUGCCUGCAACUGCCUAGGUGAUUUUCACACACUAAAAGAGAGAGUUAUUAAAAAUCCUAGAAGCCACAAAACUCCUAUGUAUCUUCCCUGCCUACAGCUGUUUGAAAUGGCCAGGAACCUACAGGUAUUGCAGUCCUUUCCCUUGGCAUAAAUCUGGAGUACUGUCAAAGGAAAUAUCCCUGCACUCAGAUUUUCUGAUCCUGGUGCCCUUUGUGUGGAAGUCAGCUCUGCUCCUGCCCUUUUACUUGACCUACAGCAUCUCCCCUUGCUUCAAAGCAGAUCUCCCUGCACAGCCAUUCCCAGAGCCACUGUUCUGCUGUUGGUGUCCUGUACAGGUCAAGAUAGGGGGCACUUUGUUGCCUUUCUCUUAAUUGCACCCACAUUGCUGGCCAUAAUGCCAGGGGAUGCCCAGCCAGUCGCUCAUUCUUGGGUUUUCUUUUAUUCACAACUCUUUGCCUGCUGGUUACUCUGGCUGCUCCCAUGAUACUCAAUCUACAAGUAUUUGCCAGCAUUUUUACAGCAAGGACACCUGACCAAUUAGCCCUCUUACAAGUGACUGGGAAGUGGGAAAAAUCCACCUCUGAACUUGGCAGUGACCACACAAGCACCUGACCUCCUGCUUACAUAAUUUGCCACUGUAACCCUCCGAGGGGAAGGGGCAGCAGGAUCACUGUGGCUCCUGGUGUGUCUGUGAUAGAUCUCAGGAGUGACCUGCUCAUGGAAAAUUAGCUCUGGGAAAUGGAACAGCUCUGUCAUCUUCCACUGAGGAGCAUGAACUGUGUAGCUACCCCUCUAAAGCUGUUUCUGGUUCUGCUGGAAUAGGCCCUUCUUUCCCAACUUCUAGGGCAUAUGGACAAAAGGGCAUAAUGCUACAGAGAGAGCUGCAGCUGAUCCUUUCUCUGAACACUUCUUUGGCUGCAUUUCUAACUGUGUAAAAUGAUCCAACCCCACCAAGAUUCUUGGCACAUGAAGGACCAACAGCUUUACAGAUAAAGUCUCAAAGGAACGGCAAUUAGCCCAAGAGCUGACUGUCAGGAGUCACAGAGCACUACACCAGGGCACACCCAUUACCCUGUUUGCACUUGUAUCUGCAGAAGCCAGGCAUAGGUUUUUCAAACAUGUCACUUUCUAACAGAAAGGCAAAUUAUAGCUAAGAGCAUCCUCAGUUCCAAAAAGCAUGCCUUGUUCCAGCAGAAUCUUCUCUCUUUUACAUAUACAGAGCCAGCAGAAACUUGUCAUUUUACCAUCAGGAGAUACUAUGCUCAAAAAACUUGCUGAAGUAAAACAUAGUUUAAAAAUGUACUUGAGGAUUAGUGACAGAAGAAGUUUCCAAGAAUUUACUCUGAGGGAGUGGGCAGGUGUUGUCUGAACUGAUGUGAUUCCUGACAGUUUCACUACCUGCUCUUCCAAGCUGAGAAGGGGUCAUAUUGCAGAGUCAUCCUGAUUCUUGCACAUUUUCCUCUUAAUCAGUCAGACAGCUGGUAGCUGGAUCAUCUGAAGCUCAGAGGAUGAAGAGGGUGCACAUUAUCAAAUACAUAACCAGGCCAUGCUGGCACUGAGGUGAAAAAACCUCUUGAUAUGAGAGGGAAGAGGUGCAAACAAUUUGCUUACAUGCUCCAACGGGGAUAAGGCAGAAGGAAAUAAAGCAGCAAGAAAAGAUGGAUGAGUGCAAACAGGAGGGGCAAAGGCAAGAGAGAUGAGUUGCAUAGACAAUUGAGGUAGCAAUAGUUUUACAAGGAUGACAAAGUGUACAGAUAUUAGAACUGUGGGAGGAGGCAGAGGACACCUGUGGAAGUGGAAGAGGCAGGAAGAAGAGCAGCAUAAAUGCUGAAAUGGCAGACAGGUCAGGGUGGUAGGUAAGGACUAACAGCAGUGAGUCAGGGUGAAAGCUACUGGAAAUGGGCACCAAGACACUACUCAGCCAUUGCUGUUCUUCAGAGUUUGCUUUUUCUGGAUCCCUUGGGCUGGCCAGAGGUAGAAGCUUUGUGACUUGAGCAGGCCACAACUUCUGAGAUAUUUUCUUGGAAAUUUUUCCGAAAUAAAAACCAGCAAGCCAAAGCCAUUAAAAAUGCCAGUUAAAAUGUG